AUGGAGCUUCCCUUUGUUACUCUCGACGUCUUCACAAACACUCGAUAUCGAGGAAACCCCCUUGCCGUUGUCACGAUUCCCGCAGAUAGAACUGUACCAGAGCCUACGCAAGAGCAAAAACAAAGAAUUGCCCUGGAAUUCAAUCUAUCAGAAACCGUUUUUAUCCACGAACCCCGUCCUGAUACCGAUGUCGACAGUGAUGUCACCCGCCGAGUGAUCGACAUUUUUACAGUCGGCACAGAGAUCCCCUUUGCUGGGCACCCAACUAUCGGCGCCGCUGUUACCCUCAUCCCCCACGGUGUCGAUACCGUCGUUACCAAGGCAGGCCCAAUUUCUCUCACACAGACCCGCCCUGGUUAUAUCCAAGCUGCUAUCCCGCACAAUGUUCGUCGUCACAGGAAGACUCUUGCCGAUCUGUCUGCCCCGGUCGCUGCCCAAAUAUCCCAGGACCCUGCGAUACGCGAAUCCGAGCUUCGGGCCCCGCUAUUCAGUAUCGUCAAUGGCAUGACCUUUGCGCUCAUCAAACUCCCGGAUCUCGAGCAUCUAGCCAAAGUUGAGAUGAGCGGGGUAAACUUGUCUGUGGACGAACUGCUUGACGAUGGCUGGCAAAACGGCCUCUUGCUGAAGUACUACUAUGUUGUCAAUAGCCAGCGUGAAGACGACGGCAUAACAGUUUAUUCCAUCCGCUCGAGAAUGAUGGAAGCAUCCAUGGAAGAUCCUGCGACAGGCAGUGCUGCGAGCGCUCUCUCUAGCUAUCUUUCGCUUCAACAGUCGAGCCUAGUUGAUCAUGGCUUCAGAUAUGAGAUUGACCAGGGUGUUGAGAUGGGCAGGGAGAGUAAUAUUGUAGUUGACGUUGAUGUAAAAGAGUCCAAGAUCGCCACGGUCAAGCUCUCAGGAACAGCUACUCCCGUAAUGCGUGGUCAUGUCACCAUCUAA